AGGAAGGUUGGGUAUAGGCCUAUAUAUACUUUCGUGAUGGCUGACAAUCCGUGGGUUAUCCAGGGCACAUGCCCGUUUCCUCUAUCCAUAACACCGACCGCCAUCUGGGACUAAUAUAACAGAUAUAUAUUAUAUACUAUUCUGUUACAGUAGCCCCAACUGCCAUCAUAUAACUGAAAGAUUCGUGAGUAUAGUGUAAUACAACUUACAUACAUAAAUAAAUAAAUAUGUUGUUUCGUAUGAUUUAGGUCGAAAACAGACUUAGUCUUAAGCUAUGGAACUAUUCUUGAGCUUAUACUUGAAAUUAAACGUUACUUUUCCAUUUUGCUGAGACAGUUCCUGGAGGUUAGGAGGCUACACGUAUACCGGUGAGUUUUGGCAAAAAAUACAUUGUUAAUAGUCAAAUGAAAUUUUCUUUAUUUACCAAUAAUACAGGCACCUUAAAGUAUUGCCCUUCAUGAAACAUAAAUUUUACGAACUUUUGAGAUCUCUUUUGAGAUUUUGAAUUGUAACACAUGUACAGACUAAUAUUUGGGCUGUCUUAAAAAAUGACCAAAAUUCUCUUGUAUUUUGGCACUUUUCUAUAUUUUGCCCCAAAAUCUCCGGUGAAUAACGUCUUUGAAAUGAAAUGUCCCAUGCAAGUGUAGUGUAUACCAAUAAACAAAGUACCGUGAGGCAUGAUCAGGCCUGACUUUAUUGUAAGACAGCUUCCUGAGUUCGGGUCCUGCAUUAACAACGGGAAAACGUUUGUUCACGACUCUGGCUAAGCAAACACAUGAAAAAGAUUUUCACUGGAUUACAUGCAAUGUGUGCGGUGUCCACAUAGCUCCUUGGAAGGCAAUUCACAUACAUGUAAUCUGCUGGGGACAGUUUAGAGUUAAGUCCCUUGUUCUGUCCAUUCUUCAUACUGAUAUGAUUUAUUUAUUUAUUUGAUUGGUGUUUUAUGCCGUACUCAAGAAUAUUUAACUUAUACGUCGGCGGCCAGCAUUAUUGUGGGUGGAAACCGGGCAGAGCCCGGGGGAAAUCCACGACCAUCCGCUGGUUGAUAGCAGGCCUUCCCACGUACGGCCGGAGAGGAAGCCAGCAAGAGCUGGUCUUGAACAGAGCGACCUCAUUGGUGAGAGGCUCCUGGGUCAUUACGCUGCGCUAGCCCGCUAACCGACUGAGCCACAGAAGCCCCCUGAUCUGAUUUACAUUAGCCCUGUAGGGCUGUGAUUACCUAUACAUACUAUCACAGCCCUGUCUUGUUCCUUAAGCUUACCUUGAACACCUGUGUACUUCCCUUGCUGGCUUCAGUACACUACUGCUGGGCACCAAAUAAUCUGUCUGUCCAUAGUCACAGUCAUCACAGCUAUCAGUUCUAGGUAGGUGUUCCCAUGUGUCAUCACUAGUAAACCCACACACGCAUGAAACUAUUGUGGAAACUGGAUAAAUUCCAACUCCAAUCACCAUGGUUGAAUGUAUACUCCGCCCAGCCCAUACAAGGGAGAUAACUACUGACACUUCUCACUUAUUAUGUACUUGUUUAAUCAUUUCUUCAGUUUUGUUUAAUUUAUUUUAGAAAAGUUUUUAGUGAUCAGUGUUGAUUAUGGUUUCGGCUAGGUCAUUACCGGCGAGACUGAUCCUAAACAGUUAGCCAGAAUGUGUGUCAAAAGGUUUAACUUGUCUAACAGUGGCAGUGGUAACUGUUUACAAUUACUCUCACUGUGAGGAGUAUGCAUUCAAACUUGGCCGUUGCAGUAGCCAUUUAUUCUGUUUCCACUAUAUAGUUUCGUGCUUGUGUUAAUUUACUAGUGAUGACACAUGGGAACACCUACCUGGAACUGAUAGCCGAGACGACUGUGACUAUGGACAGGCAAAUUAUUUGGUUGUCUGGAGUAGUAUACUAAAGCCAGCAUGGGAAGUACAGAGGUGUUCAAGAGAGAAGUUAAUAGUUCAUCAUCUGGUAGUGACAGCGAAAUCAUGGAGCCGUCUCCAACCAGUCAGGACAUAAACCACAUGGCUUUCUUUGUGAAAGUGCAGCGAGAAUCGGCGAGGGCCAGAGCGUCAUUCCUGGCAGAGACAGAUAGCGAUGGGCACCACUUUUCCGAAAUAGACAGUCCAUGCGAACAAGAAACACCGCAGAAAAGUAACCUCGGUGCACGUAAUCUCCCGACGGACCCCGGCCAGAUCACCCGCGAAGUGUACAUGCAAACCUGCCAGACGUUAAGGGUUAUCCCCCUUACUGAGGUCUCUAGACAAUUUGGACGGGAGAAGCUCUGUCUGAAGCGCUCGAUUCUCGGUGCGAGAGAUGUCAAGGCCAUUUCUAACGCUUUACGGAGGGAUACAUGUGCCAGGGUGCUGGAUUUGUCUGGAAUAUUCAUGGACAAUAAGAUGGUUCAGUACGUCUGCCUCAUGCUUCUCGAAAACGUUUGCAUCAAAGAAUUGAAAAUUGCAAACAACCACUUGACAGGAGUUGGGAUUAAGUGUUUGGCGGAGGCCAUGAGGGAAAACAGCGUGAUUACAUCGCUGAAUUUGUCAGGGAACAAUCUUCGAGACAUUGACAGCGUACAUGUUGCUGACAUCAUUCAGAACGGCACAUCUUUAGAUACUCUCAAUCUCAGUCACAACGAAUUUAGAGAAGAUGCUGGGAAAAUCAUAGGGGACGUUCUAGAAAAUAACACUAAUUUGAAGACGUUGGAUUUAAGCUGGAAUCACAUUAGAUGCCGAGGCGCAAUUAACAUAGCUAAAUGUAUACAGAAAAACUCCACUUUGACGACAUUAAACUUAGGUUGGAACGGUUUCGCCUUUGGAGGGGCCCUAGCUAUUGGUGAAGCGAUGGAGAAGAACACAACGCUAACGGACCUUGACCUCUCGUGUAACCGCAUUCAUCCGCCAGCCUUAGUACAGCUGAUGAAAGGUGUUGUGAAAAACAAAACUCUGAUAAAGCUGAACUUAAGUCACAACCCAAUCACGGUCCCAUUUACUGGAGUACUUUUAGGUGCUAUUCGUGAUUCGCCAGAAAUGGCGCUAACCUAUCUCGAUCUAGAUGGUUUGAUUGUUGAUGAAGAAUUUCUGAGGAUCCUGGACGUCAUAGAAUCCCGCAGGCUUUUCCGGGUUCGUUUCGAGGCGGCUCUGCCACUUAACCAGUUUAAACGGAACAGUGUACUGAGGGAGUUUGACAAGAAGGACGAAGUGUUUACGCUGGACCCAAUAGAAAUGUUGUAUAUGCUCAAAGAAAAAAUGAGGGCAGUAGAUUUCUUCCUGAAAAUGGACAAAGAAAAGAAUAACUUGGUAACUAAGGUGGAGCUUCAUAAGCUGUUCAAGGAAGCUGGUAUCCCUGUCACUUCGGCAUCAGUAGACAAAGCUAUGGACUUCAUAGAUUUUAAACGAGAUGGUCGAAUCGAUCUAGAGGAAUUUUUGGAAGCUGACAGAAAAAUAAAGCGACAUUCCAGGGCAAAGGCAGCCAAAAGGGCAGAGAAAGCUUCUCUUUCUGUUGAGAAAGAAAACAGAUUUUCUCAAGCUUUCAAAGGGGCUGGUUUUAAUGAGACUACCGGAAAAGUUGAGAUUGGCGUUGAUACUCAAGCCAAGGCGAUGUUGGAGGCGGCCAUGACCACUGAGAGUCCAGUACCUGACAAUGUUAACCAGCAAACAAGAAAUGGCCUGUUGAAACCUUUGUCCGCUAAGAGGCGAGCUAGCGUUGCGACUCUAUAUGGGAUGGACCGAAGAUCGUCAAUCAGCGGUAAUACGUUGUGGGGAUGGACAACGCAGAAAGACGAGGAUUGAGUCUUACAGUGGAUGAAACUGGCACAGUGCUUGCUGCCUGUCAUAUGAUGUCAUACGGACACAUUGCUGUAGGAUUUGACAGUUUCCAUAACUUGAAGAACGAUGUGUUUUCAGUGGGUAUUUCAAAAUGUACAAAAGAAUGUAUACAAGGAAUAUGUCAGAUAAUACAUGCACGCUCAACAUUCAACAGUGGCUCGGUGGACGCUUCAUGUGGUUCUGUAAACCAUAGCCACGUGCAUGUGACUGUGAAAUUCAAUGCAGUAUGUGUAAAACUGCAUGCUAUGACAAGUAUCAGAAAGUGUACAUUUCAGGAGCCAAUGGAAUCAUCACUGAUCAAACUCGCAUCAUCAAUGAUGAUCACAAUUUUCCCCGUCUGCAAAUUUCUCAUCGAGAGUUUUGUGCAUACUUCAACGUCUUUCGUUAUGUUUUUAAGCAACAAAAUUUCAGAAGAGUUCAGAACAAAAUAUUUGACUAAGAUUUAUCCAUUUUGCCUACCAAAAGAGCAGGAUACAUAAGUCCACUGACCUUUCCCUCUUGUCAGUCAAGAAAAGUCGUGUGAUGUGAAUCAGUUGGUUGAGCAUUGUACGAGCUGAUUUGAGGCAGGACAUUGGACGUAUAGGAACAGCCUCUAAGCUGGCAUGGGUCAGUUGGUUGGCGUUAUUUUGAACGGAUGGAUCCUCCUGCAAGUUGAUGUGAGUCAAAUAGUCGGCAUUGCUUUAACGUAU